GUGAAAUCGCACUGAUGGUCUGUCACAUUAUUUCUCACUGACACCGUCUGAGCGAAGGAACAGCACGCCAAAAUAUCGGCUCCAAAACACUUCGUAACACACAGCUUCGCUCAGCUCCGGUGUGUCUGUAAGUGUUUUCUGGCGUGGGAUCGGAGAGAGGGAAUAAUAUAAUACGCCGAAAGGAAAUGCCAAUCGCCACUACUGGUCAUUCAGCGUCUCGAGAGCCCUGCGUCUGUACCCCGGACCCCGUCCCCAAGCGAGCUGAUUUAUGCGAUCACCUCGCGACCCGGCCAGCGGAAUACGGGACCCCGGAAGGGGGGCACAACCUGGGCGGCGCUAGACUCUCCGGAGCGCUUGAGAGCUCUUCUGCGGCGUCUCUUUCCCCACCCACGUCUCCUUUCCACCACCACCACCACCACCAUCAUCAUCACCCCCACCACCCGGUAACUAUGGAGCCCCCCAGGACUCGAUCGCGAUCACGGUCUGGAUAUUACCACGGUGGUUUAUCUAACACAAACACUAACGCUGGGAGCGGCGGUGGUGCUCUGAGUCCCGCUGGAGGAAUCCACCACCACCACCACCACCUCUACCAUCACCACCAACAACAGCAGCAGCAGCAGCAGCAGCAGCAGCAGCAGCACCACGGAGCUCCUUACGGACACACGGAUAAUCUGCGCCCUACCGGGAGCGUGCUCUCCCCGGGCAGUCACAGACACGCGGGGCCUGGAACGCACAGAAACUCCGGAGCAGGUGCAAUGGGAGGACUAUAUCACUAUCGUCCCGAACUCGCUUGUGCAGAAGCCACUGACAAGACGGACGACUCCCCCAGUCCAAAGAGACAGCGUCUUUCCCAGCAGUCUGUUCUGGAGUUUACCUCGGCCCCUCCUUCCACACCCUCUCCACCAAUCAGACCAUGGGAGCUUCCACCCAGUCGCAGGCCACACCCUUAUCCCCACCCACACUACCACCCGGAGCGCUGCCACACACCUGCUCGGCACAGACGCAGUCCACCGGUGAGGCGUCAGCGCGGUAGACGAGAGCGUUUAUCUCGGCACCACCCCCCUCACGGUUCCCCCGGUGGGGGGCAGGACGAAAACUAUCGUCACCCGCCUCACCUGCAUUCUCUUCAUCAUUACGGCCAACCACCAUCCCACCCUCCGCCCGGCCUCGAUGAGCCCAGGGCCUUCCACCCCCCUACACUCUCGCCUCGGCUAUUGCACCCCCCGCAGCAGGGCGCUAUGGUGAUGGACCUCCAUGAACAGCUCCCUCAGGGUACAGUACCGGUAUCAUAUACAGUAUCUCCAGUCCCGCCCCAUGGUCUGCCACCACCUCUCUGUACGGGACAACAUCUCCCAGCGUGCUCCUCUCAGCAGCAGGUGCCUGCCUGUUCUGUGGUGUUCAGCGGACAGCAACACUAUCCAAUUUGUAGCGUACCACCUCCGAUGUUGCCGGCAUGUUCUGUGCAACAUUUGCCGAUGCCGUACGCGUUUCCCUCUCUUCUCUCCAGCGAGCCACCCUUCCUCCUCCAUCCUCCUCAUCUCUCGCAUCAUCCGCCCCACCUCCCCCCACCUGGACAGUUCUUACCCUUCCAGACGCAACAGUCCCGAUCUCCGCUGCAGAGGAUAGAGAAUGAAGUGGAGUUGUUAGGGGAUCACCUGUCUCUAGGUGGAGGGUUUAACUACCCUCACUCAGGCCACCCCAGUCCUAUGCCCCCUCCCACCCCACUGCAAUUCCUCUCUCACGACCCCCUGCCGCAGGAGCUCUUCGGAGUGCCGUACCCUCACUUCAUGCCUCGACGAAUCACGGGCCGACGCUACCGCUCUCAGCAGACCAUGCCUCCACCACCUUACCAUCCAAGUCUGCUGCCCUACUUCCUAUCUGUUCUUCCAGUCCAGCCAACAGCAGUGGGUCCAACCAUUAGCUUAGAGUUGGAUGUAGAUGAUGGAGAGGUCGAGAAUUACGAGGCUUUGUUAAACCUUGCCGAGCGCCUUGGAGAAGCAAAGCCUAGAGGUUUGACCAAAGCCGAUAUCGAACAGCUGCCUUCCUACAGAUUCAACCCCAGCAACCAUCAGUCCGAGCAGACUCUGUGUGUGGUGUGCAUGUGUGAUUUUGAGUCUCGUCAGCUGUUAAGAGUACUGCCCUGUAAUCACGAAUUCCAUGCCAAGUGUGUCGAUAAGUGGCUUAAGGCUAACAGAACUUGUCCUAUAUGCCGAGCAGAUGCCUCUGAGGUCCAGCGGGAUUCCGAGUGACACCGUUCACAGAACACACACACACACACACGCACAUACACACCACUAAACACGUUGCUCAUUCUCCUACUGUUACAUUCUGUUAACUUCCACAUACAUAAUUACUACUCGCACAAAAGCUGCAAAAGAUUCAUGAACUUGUAUCCAUUUUUUUUCAUUUGUAGGACAACUGAGACAUUUUUGUUUGAUCACUAAUUUUUUGUGUGGAAGUCCAAAGAUUUCUGUUUGUUUUUUUUGAUUAUGUUCUGGUUCUGAUAUUGUUUUUAUAUAUAUAUAUAUAUAUAUAUAUAUGUGUAUAUAUAUAUAUAUAUUUUUAGUUUAGUUCUACCCUUUGAGGGUGGGUGUGGGUGGUUGGGUAGCGUCUCGUUUGAGUUCGUGUGUAUGUGCACUAACAUUCCCAGCUAUGUGAGCACACUUUGGUGCGGUGGUCUUUAUGAUGGUUAACGUUGUGAGCAUGGACUUUUAUAUUUUACCGACAAAUAUAGCUAUAUAUAAAUAUGUAUGUAUGUAUCGAUAUAGAGGGACAAAUUACCACAAUUUUUAAAAAAACUGAAAAAAUUAUGCGAGUCUCCCCCUUUCACAAAAAUGAAAAAAGGUGAAAAAGAUUCAUAUAUCUGUAUGUGAAGAGGGGCUUUUUGGUCAAUUAUGAUUUAGCAGUCUUUAGAGAAUUGGAAUACUGUGAGGUGUGCGUGCUUUUUGUGUGAACGAGAGUGUGCGUGUGCGUAUUAGAGAAUUGUGUGUUAUUUAUCCCAUGUGUGGUACAGAACACUGGCUUGUCGCUCUCACUUUUAUUCUCGUCUGUGAUCGGCAGAGGAUGCGCACUGACAUGACGUGUGAUUGGUUAGGGGGGCAGUGAAAGGUUUUGGAUGAUUUUCCUCUAUCCAUCCACUCAGCUUAUCCUGUUACAGCCAUUUUCUUUUUUGCCUUGUUUUCCCAUUUUUGGCAUUUGAAAGUUGUGCUCUUGCUUCGCUGUGGAGUUCUUUCGCCCUUUUCUUUCAUACACCAGCGUCAUUUAUCAUCAUUGGGUGAUUCCUAAACAACACGGAUUAAAGCGCAGUCUUAGUCUAAGCCAUUUAUAAUUUUAAAAGACGAUUUUGUAUUCAGGCCAAGCUGAAGUUUAAUCUUUGCCCUGGAAACGACUCUUAUGUCUUUAACCUUGUGGCAACGUCCACAUAGCACAAGCAGAAUUAUUCUUUAGUUUUUAUUUGGGUCAUUAUUUGACUUUGUACCCAAUUUGGGGAUGUUUGUGUACUUGGUAAAAAAAGAAUACUGAGUUUAUAUUGUAGCGUUUCAGUUUCUUCGUAAAAGGACACAAAGGGUCAGCGGGACAAAUAAGGCGAUACACAAACGCACCCCAAAUGCCUUCCUAGUUCUGGUGUUUAAAUAUUCCUAGUUCUUGUUCUGUCAGUCAUUGGUUUACAUCUCAUUAUUCGUUGCUCUCACUGCCCUCUCUAUACAUUGAGCUUUUCGACUUCCAGCACAUCCACUCAUACAGCCUCCAUAAAGCCGUUAUAACCAUUCUCAGCCACGUGCGUUACUUUAUAAUGAAUGACCGAGAUCAUCGUCAUGACCUAGAGGGGUGUGUGUGUGCGCGUCCAAGAAUGUGUGUGCGUGAUGGUUUUUUAUCAUGCAUUGCUAUCAUCAUGAAUGGAUAUAACUGCCACUGUGUCACGUUAUGUAGGCUCUGCGACUGGUGUAGAAAGUGUCAUAAGAGUCGUGUGCUGUUGUCUCGGAGCCUGCAGUGUCUUAAGGAGAGAUGCCUUUAAACCAUUCUCCAGUGUUGUCUGCUUAUAGUGUCAUGAGUCGAAUUCACAACAACCGCAAAAAUUAUGAUUUCUCGAUUCUUCGCAAAACAAACGUGCAUUACCUUACUUAACCAUUGUCAUGUUGUGUUAUAGGAGUUUAUUUUUUCCCUGCUUGGUACAAUAGCAGUUACCUCAGUUUUACUAUUUAUGUUUUUCCCUAUUCUUUUUUGCAAAACCAGUAAGAGAGCUCAUGAGUUCUUAUGCUUUUUGUUUAUUGGUUGUUUUAAUUCUUACCAUUAAAAAAAAAACAAUUGUAUCAUUUAACAUGUUGUAGUUCAUAUGUAUAUCUGUAACCAAAAUCAUUUGAAGGCUUGAUAUAAAAGUUUUUAACAAACAUUUGUACAUUUUUUUAUGAGAGAUGUUACUAGUAAUGCUUUACUAAAUAGUGUAAAUUUUCUUGUCUCUUGACACCUAUUCCUAUUCUUUUGGAUUUCAAAGGGUGACUCCGUAAUAAAUGUAUAAUGGUCUCU